UCAAAUUAACAACAUUUCCUCGUCUUGCUUAGCGUCAUCCUCAUGUUUUCCUUCCCUUGCGCUUUUGCUCUUGCUGCUAUCUGUAGCAUGAAUUUCAUCUGAUAGUCAAAUCGGAACGACGAGCCUCUGACUCUGAGUCGCUAAAGAGAGAAAAUGACCUGUGCAGGCGUUGCCUUCACCACUCAUUUGUGUUCGGCUUUAAUUCCCAAUUCUUAUUCUAGGCGACGACCUACCCUUCAGCUUUCGACUCGUUCAUCUGCAGGUUUACUCAUUCGUUGCUCCACUUCUAGUUCAGAGGCUACUCCAGAGAAACUUGUAACUGUUGAUGGUUUUCCUCUGACCGGUGGUGCAUACGAUUUCUCACAAGCAACAAUUUCACUAACUAACGAGCCAAUCUCUUCAUCGAAGACGGUAAUUCUUAUAAGGCAUGGUCUUAGCACUUGGAAUGCAGAAAGCAGGAUUCAGGGAAGCUCAGACUUAUCGGUACUAACAGAAACUGGUGAGAAGCAAGCAGAGAGGUGCAAGAAAGCCUUGGAAAAUAUAUAUUUUGAUCAGUGCUUCUCAAGCCCAAUAUCUCGUGCCAAGCAAACUGCUGAGAUCAUGUGGGAAGGGAGGGAGAAGCCACUUGUUUACCUUGAUUCACUCAAGGAGUUGUGUCUAUAUCAUCUAGAAGGCGUGACAAAUGCGGAUGCUAAGAAAAUAUAUCCAGAAGAGUAUACAACCUGGAGAGAAGAUCCAGCAAAUUUUUUCAUAAAUGGUACAUAUCCUCUAAGAGAUCUCUGGAUAUCUGCAAGAAAUGCUUGGAAGGAAAUCUUAUUGACGCCUGGAGAAAGCUUUCUUGUUGUGACUCACAAAUCUAUAUUGAGAGCAUUGACUUGCACUGCCUUAGGUCUGGGCACGGAGAGGUUUCGUCAACUUGAUAUCAACAAUGGCGGGAUAUGCAAGCUCAGCUUCAAUGUCAGAGGUGAAGCCAUGCUUCAGGCUUUGAACAUGACGGCUCACAUGUACAGUGAUCAUGUCUAUCCUUCUAACUGAAGCUUCUUAAAGUGAACUCAACGGUGAUGACACGUACAAGAUGUGACACAGCUAUAUAUCACAUACUCAAAAUGUUCACGUUUUAACGAUGCCACAUCCAAGGGAGGUAAAUCCAGCCAUUAAAAGAGGUAAGUCGAUUCUUUCUGCAGUGAGAGACUGAUUAGAGCAACCAAAAAUACGUGGGAGCCAUUUCUACCCAUUUGACAGUUGACACAGACCCAGUGGAAUUGAAGUACAAUUUGUGCACUUGUUAAUGUAAAUUCCUUUGCUGGCUGUUGAGUCAUGAGUGUAUUGAAUUUGUUCCAUGACUUCUUUCUUUUGCAAGACAUGAUAAAAAUUUUUAUUGCUGCAGUAGCUGGCUGUGUUAGAAUGGGACCAAAGUUCAUAAUGGGUGCGGGGCAGAAUUCUGUCACUUGCGAACGUCAGUGAACUCAA